AUCACUUCCAAAUCACAUUCGAGAAAUCGGCUGGGGACAAAACGGCGCGGAAAAUUCAUUUCUGGCCUCAUUCAUAUCUGUAAAAGUCGAGGCUCUGUCAACUGAACAGUACCGGGUGUUAUUGACGGAGAGGCGAUAUUGAUGUAGACCCGAGCAACAGCGCCACGUGGAAAACAGUCGAGAUGUCUGCAGACACGGGAAUGCACUUCUGCUUACUGGUGUGAACUGUCGUCUGCUUCACUUCGUAUCGUCUGCUAUCAACUCAGAGGUGUCUACACUCUCUGAAGUAAGUGUUUACAUCUUGUUCCAACUGGGACAUCAGUUGAGGAUGAAGGCUCCGAUCACCGCCAUUCUGAUUAUCAUCGUCCUAUCCAGUGUCGCGAGCUGUAAGCGAAUCCCUAGAAACCGGAACCGGAACAGAGGGGGUCCCGUGAAAGACGCAGCCGCACUGGAGAACGAAGUGGACGGGCAGUGCGAGUUGGAGAUCGCCUGCAAGGGGGAGCGUCUUAUACCCCUCAGCCUCCCCAUCAAGGGUCCAAAAGGACCGUCAGGGAAACCAGGAGCCAAGGGGGACCCAGGAGAACCAGGAGUGCCGGGGUUGCCAGGGAUACCAGGUAAGGAUGCCCCACUGCCCGGCCGAACAGCGUUCUUCGUGGGUCUGAAGAACAACCGUGGUCCGGUGAAGCAGAACAGCGACCUGCUCUUCGACAAAAUCAUAACCAACGUCGGAGGGGACUUCGACACCAAAUCCGGCCGCUACACCGCCCCCUACAACGGCACCUACAUGUUCAACAUCGUCGUCGCCGCGCAGGGGAGACAGAGGGCUGCGGUUAACCUGAUGAAGAAGGGUGAAAUGGUGGCGACAGUUUGGGCCGAGAGCAUUCCUUACUGGGCGUCCGCCUCCAACUCGGCCAUCUUGAACUUGUCCCGCGGGGACCAGGUAUGGCUGGUGCUGUUGUCCCGAGCGUCGUACAUCCAUGGCUACAUGUACUCCACGUUCUCCGGGCACCUGCUCUUCAAGGACCAGGACUGAGAAUGAGGAGAGACAAGAGGACGGGUUGUGUACCACGAUCCAAGAUAGCUGUAUCUGAAAACGGAAAAGGCUUUAGUUAUUUGGGAAUUCUGAAGCCGGCUUGCACCAAAAAGUGGUGUUACUAGCUGCAAGACGGCAUUUCACACACGUAGUUCAAAACUUUCGUUUCUGUUAAUGAUUUUUAUUAGUAACCAAAAUUGACAUGACACUGAGAGUGUUAAGAGAGUGUAUUUAAUUUGCUGGUGACAACAACGACGGGAGAGGUUAUGCUUUUGAGUCUAAUUUGAAUCGUGCAGUGGGAAUAUUUGUGAGAAGAUAUCUCCCAUGUGUUGUCGAGGUCACGAUAUUAAGAUAAGAUAUCUAUUCCCGGCUAUGACACCUCCAUGGACAACACGGUUGAGUUAAAACUUCACCUGAACGGAACAUUUGCAGAGGGAGUUAACUGUGUCAUACGUCUUUAGUAUUGUACUUGUGUUCUGAAGGACUACGUUUAUGCAACAGGGUGAUCACACGGUUUUCAUACAUAUCGUAUUGUGAAUAGCAGGGUAGCUUUUCCUAUGUUAGUUCGAUAUAGUCCCGUAGACAUAGAUCAUGAUGUUAUUUCAUUGUUGUAAUAUUGAUGUACAUAUUGUCCCAUGAAUUGUGUGUAAUCUUACACCACUUCGAGACGUGUGUCAUGGCGUAUUUUAAGACCAUCCGCAUUUGUGAAACCAUCUCAAAAUGUCAUGUGUUAGUAUCCAAAUUCUGUGUGCCAUCAACGAUUACCACGUUCGAUACCGUCAUGUUGCUGUUGACGUCAAUGUGCAUUAAUCGGGGUUUUAUUUUCAUACGAAUUAUAAGCUAUGAUGGAUCUUAUCGUUUUUCGCUUUUUUUCGGUAAGAAGUCUGUUAAUGACAUGCCAUUUUAUUCUGCUCUCGCUGACCGUCGCCAUAGUGAUUAUGUACACUUCGCGGUGGUAGUGUGUCUUGUUGGAGAAGUAGGAUAUAGCGCUCAUGGGGCUUGAAUCUGCACAAGGCGCCUUUGCGUUGUUCAUUAAGAUAGGUAUAUUCAUACUACACUGUACAUUAUAAAAAUACUAGAUACUAUUUAAUAUACACCUAUAUUGUUUACUUCUAAAGACUAUAUACAGCAAUAAUAUAUACGAUGUAUAAACAGUUACUAUUCUACUGCAUACUACGUUAGACUCAUAAAACUACUCUUCUACGUUAUAAUAUACACACUGAACAAACAUACUCGCCUUCAUAAUAAUUUAGAUAUUGUAUUUAAUUAUUUUUUCAUAAUUCUAUUCACAUUGAAUAAAACAACGCUCUUCAUAAUAAUUGAGAUAUUGUAUGCAACUAUUUUUUUCCAUAAUACCCAACAUAUUGAAUAAAACAAAGUUCCAUAUAUAAAACUUAUGAAUAAAAAACUAGUUUUUCAUAAGAUUCUACACAUCAUUCUUACAUAUCUCUUUUAUAAAUAUAGACACCGUAUAAAACUACUGCAUUGUAUUGUACUGACCGCACUUCAUCUACUGUCUAUUUACCCUAAACAGUGUAUGAAACUAUUAGUCUCCAUAAGGUCAUACACAUUAAAUAAAACAGAUGGAUUUUCUUCAUUAUACAUUUUGAAUGAAACUACCCCCUUCUUCAUUAUUCUGAACACUUUGAAUAAUACCAUUUCUUACAAUACUGCACGUAGUAUGUACAAUAUAAGAUUAUAUAUGGACAACUAUAUCUAUAUCCUUUAUAACGUAUAGACAUUGAAGAUAUACUCUCCUUAAUUGUUCCACACAUUGAAUAAACCUGGAACACAUGGAACUAUUUGUCUUCACAAUACUCAGAAUCUCUUUUCUUCAUAGUAGCAUACAAACUGUACCUCUACUUUCCUGUAUUAAAAUUAGACCUGUCAUGGAACUAUUUGUCUUCACAAUACUCAGAAUCCCUUUUCUUCAUAGUAGCAUACAAAGUGUACCUCUACUUUCCUGUAUUCAAAUUUAGACACAAUGUAUACAGUUGAACUUUCCCGUGUACUAUAUAUACCUAACAGUACCACAGGGCUGUCUGCUAUUGUUCAGACCGCCUCCGUGGUGUAGUGGAUAGAGCGUCCGACCCGAGAGCGGGAGCUCGGUGGUUCGAUCCCUGGCGGUGUCAUAACAACAGGCGGUACUUAUUGUUACCCUGCCUGUCGCUCGGCAUUAAGGGACUGGUCGGCUCGGAGUAAACAGUGUCAGAGUGGUAUCCGUGUUAAAGCUGUGUCAUUGUUGCUCAGUGGGCAAGCACUAUAAAAAGGACAUUACAAACACACACACACCACACACCACACACCACUCCACACCACACCACACCACACCACACCACAUCACACACACCACACACACACACCACACACACGCACACGCAAGCACGCACGCGCGCGCGCGCAUACUAUAUACGUGCAAUAGUUUUGAACGCGACGUUAAAGCACUUUUAACCCGACCACCUCCCUCAUUGGUUCAAGUCCCCGCGGCAUCAGUAGCGGUGUAUCAUGUGUUCCGUUGCCUUACUGUACCCCGCCGUUUCAGACUCGCCCCGCUGCUACCGUGUGCUCUCAGACCGUGGCGUCAUUCAGGUAGACUGCUCAAUGUGACACGUGACGUGUAGAUAGUCACGUGGGCGGUAUUUGUUUCUGACAGCUGAUAAUGUUACUGUUUCAAACACUAUAGAAUUUCCACGGUUGUGAAUUCCAAUGUGAUGAUAAAUGUUUGUACAAAUAGUAUUGUUCUCUACGCUUGUUGAAAUAAAAUAUAGUCAACGGA